AUGCGUUUCUCCGCCGUUCUUACCGCUCUGCUCGUGGCCUGUGCCGCGGCCAAACCUCAUGGCAAGCGUGACGUGUGCCCGGCCAAGCCCCCCAAGAGCAGUCAGUCGAGCACUGCCACAACUACUAGCAGUAGGCCAGCCCCGACUGGCCCCUUUUCCGACGACGCCUCUUGCGGUGGACCCAACAAAUUCGUCUGCCGCUCUGGGACAUGCUGCUCUAGUGCCAACUUCUGCGGCGUCACUGCUGCCCACUGCGAGGGAGGCUGCCGACCUGAAUUGGGUGAUUGCGGCUCUCAAUUCGUCAAAAUCUCGACCGGGCCUCCUGGCAGUGUUUCGACCGACGGUACCUGCGGCGGCACCAACGGCUGGAUAUGCCCCAAAGGCAACUGCUGCUCGCGAUUCGGCUUCUGUGGUGCUACAGCUGAUCACUGCGCCCCCGGCUGCCAGCCCACCUUUGGUAUCUGUCCCAACCCCACCCCUGGCGGUAAUGCCUCGCCUGACGGCACUUGCGGUGGCUCUAACAAGUUUAUCUGCGCUUCCGGGACCUGCUGCUCUAAGGCUGGCUUCUGUGGUACUACUAAGGACCACUGCGACGCCGGCUGCCAGUUUGAUUUUGGUAGCUGCGGCGACGCUUUCGUCCCGGUCCCGGGCGGUAAUCCCCCGCCCCGCGGUAGUGUCUCUACCGAUGGCACCUGCGCUGGUGCUAACGGCUUGAUCUGUCCUCAAGGCAACUGCUGCUCGCGAUUUGGCUUCUGUGGUGCUACGGCUGAUCACUGCGGCACCGACUGUCAGCCAGCCUUCGGUAUCUGUAACACCGGCGGUGCUACAUCUUCUUCGACCAGCUCGAAGCCGGCCCCUACCGGCGGCAUUUCGCCCGAUGGCUCUUGCGGCGGCACCAACGGUUAUACCUGCACACCGGGUAACUGCUGCUCACAGUUCGGGUUCUGCGGUGCUACGACUGGCCACUGCGGCACUGGUUGUCAGUCAGCCUUCGGUAUCUGUGGCACCGGCGGUGCUACCUCUUCGUCGACCAGCUCCUCGAAACCCGCUCCUACCGGCGGCAUUUCACCUGAUGGCUCUUGCGGCGGCACUAACGGUUAUACCUGCACAACAGGCAACUGCUGCUCACAGUAUGGCUUCUGCGGUGCCACGACUGGCCACUGCGGUGCUGGCUGCCAGCGUGCCUUUGGUAUCUGCACCUAA